GGCUCGGAGGCGGGUUCGCCUCGCUUCAGUCCGCGCUUCCCGCAGCAGCCGGACCCAGCGUGGGGGCCUCUCCCGACCGGGCACCGCUUCCCCUCCAGACGGGCGCAGGCUGGACCUUUCCUUUAGUGAAGAAGGAGGAGGAGGAAGAGGAGGAGGAGAGAGCGAGAAAGCAAGGCAUUUCCUCACCCAGGGUCCUAUUGCCAGCAUCCCAGUUCUAGCCCACCUGCAGGGAGAGGAGGAGGGGUCCUGCCUUUCCAGAAAGCCUCCUCAAUGAAUGCCAAGCUCUCCAAGGAGUUGAGGCUCUCCUUGCCGCCCUGCCUCUCCUCCAACCGGACGUGGGGCUCUUCCAAUGCCAGCAGCAGCACUUGCGUCACCCAGAUGGAGCAGCUCUUCCAGUCCUUCUCCUCCACGGUGGUGCUCAUCGUCCUGGUGGCCCUCAUCCUCUGCCUGGUCCUGCUCUCUCUCAUCACCUUCCACGUCCACAAGAGGAAGAUGAAGAAGCGGAAGAUGCAGAAGGCUCAGGAGGAAUACGAGCGUGACCACUGCAGCAGUGCCAGCAGUGCCGGGGUUGGCGAGCCCUAUGACAUACCCCAAGGAGGAGAGUUGUCCAGGCUGGGAAGAACCACUCGGGAUUCUAGUGUCCAGUGUACUGACCCCAAACCUCGGAGCACACACCCCCAAUCCUCGUGUUCGGACACACAAUCAGACACUCCGGGGCUUUUGCAAACAGUAGUAUUGUCUUGAUUACAUCGACCGAUUGGUUUUAUUUAAUUUUUUUUGUGGGGACUUCGCCAAAAGACAAUGUUUGGUGCUUGUACAUAUUUGAGCCCUUAUUAUUAUUAUUAUAAUCUUGAAGAAGAAGAAGAAAAAGAAGGCAAAUAAUAUAAGAACAAACCAGCGAACCAGAAUUCAAACGCAUGACAAAUUGCACUGCGUUUUCCAUUGACUUUUUUUUGCAAGGAGGAAGGCUGCAUCUUUAUUUAUUUAUCCCUUUUAGAGAAGAUAUGGUUUUGGGGGGAGGGAAGGAGAGCUGCACUGUGCUACCAAAUAUAUAAAUAACCUACCCUGAAAGGAAUGGUGCAAGCAGUACAUUUGCGGCGGUGUAUGCAUCAGAACGACCUAGAUGAUCUAGAACAGCCCAUCUAUAUUGCCUGAUUCUGUUCUAUUAGAAAUUCUGUUUUAAGUGUCACAGUAUUUAAAGGACUGUUUUGAAAUCGACUGAUAAGAAUGAGCAAAGGGAGGGAGAGCUGAAGGGGGUGGGGUGGGAAUGGAGCAGAAACUGAAAGGAAAGGCGGACUUCUCAAUGGGAAUUUGGAGUUUCCUCUCAAUGGCAUUGUUUGUUUACAUUGCAGGGUGGGAUUGUCCUUUGCCUAGUUUGCAAUGGACUAAGAAUGAGCUGACCUUUCUGUAAGGGUUAUCCUGUCAAUCAUUGUAUUGUCGAAGGCUUUCAUGGCCGAAAUUACUGGGUUGCUGUGACUUUUCCAGGCUGUAUGGCCAUAUUCCAGAAACAUUAUCGCCUGCAUCUAUGGAUAUAUUUUUUUCCAUGUCAGGAGCAACUUAAGAAACUGCACGUUGCUUCUGGUGUGAGAGAAUUGGCUGUCUGCAAGGACAUUACCCAGGGGACACCUGGAUGUUUUACCAUCCUGUGGGAGGCUUCUCUCAUGUCCCCGUAUGGGGAGCUGGAGCUGACAAAAGGAGCUCACCCGUGCUCUCCCUGGAUUCGAACAUCUGAUCUGUCAUAGAUGCCUGCCAUAGGUGCAGGCAAAACACCAGGAGAGAAUGCUUCUGGAACAUGGCUAUACAGCCCAGAAAACUCACAACAACCCUGUCAAUAAUCAACAUUUUCUCUUCUCCCGCCUCUGUUUUUGAAACCAAACCACUGUCAUUUUGAGAUAUUGGCUUUAGUUUCCUUUUUAAAUACCAACCCGUGCUUCCUUAAGUAAGAAAAAUGACCUCCCACCCCCUAAUCCCUUUAUUUUGGUUGGAAAAACUGUUAUUUCUCUCGCUUUCUCUCUCUCUCUUUCUCUCUGCAGUAUUACAUACCCCGUGCCCUGCAAAGCUGCGAAUGCCAAACAGUUUAGCUAUGCUUCUAUAUCUUAUAUCUAUCUAUAUCUAUUAGGAGGGAAGGGGGUUGUUGUUACUCCAAAAGGAAUGCUUUGGGUUGUAUCUUUCUCUCUCUCUCUUGACAUUUUCCAAGUGUAACAGCCUUUUUUUCUUAUAUUAAAUCUGGAAUAAGAUACCUUUUGUGGUGACCGAAA